GCACGCACCCCGCCGUACCGGUGCCUCGUCCCCGCUCGUCCUCGCCGCGCCCGAGGGGUGGGCAACCCGGGCCUACUCGCGGCACUCGAGUACUGGAUGCCGCUCUCUGGCAAUAACCUUGAGCGUAAGGCGAAUUAGCAGUGGUUCGCGACAGGACGAGGGGAUGGGAUGGGGGCAGAGGAGGCCAAGUCGAGCAGUUUCCUGUCGCAAAUAUUUCCUUUUCGCACAAGCCGGCGACUUCGGGGACUCUGGGCGUUUGGACGUUGCGGCCUCAUUCGCUGUGUUGUGCUUCGCGGCUCCGCGCGUAGGCAGCAGGCUGCAGCAGCCUCAUCGUCCGCCGUGGCGAUGAACGUCCCGUGAAGCGGCACGCCCCGGUCCAGGAUCCCGACGGGGGACCGGAGCAACUCGUGCUCUCGCGCGCCAGCAAGCCAGCCGCCCGGAGGCAUGCGGGACAGGGUUCCCAGGGCCACGACGUCGACUCCGACCGCGGCCUGACGAUCGGCCUGACGAUGCCCGUCGGCAGUGGACUACGCCGCCUCUCCUCGCGCUUCCUGGACGAGGACGAGGAGGACGCGGAGUUGCUGCUGGACCAAGUCGUCCCGGGCGACACCAGCGCCCCCCAGCGGCCUGCCCCUGGAGCAGCGGCGCCCCUGCACGGCCAGCACCUCGGCGUGGGCUCCCCGCUGAACCCCCUGCGGCCCACGUCCCAGAUCUCCUGGGCGGACGGCGUGAGUGAGGAUGACGACUACUUCGCCAGCCUGGCGGCGUCCAGGGCGAGCGGCACGCCCAGGGGCAGCGCGUCCACCUGUUUUUGA